AUGUCCCGACCACCCAAAAUGGGGACACCGAAACAACCAAAUCCCCAAUCCAAAACCCACUCCCUCACCUUCGAGAAAAAGAACCAAGACAUGAUCAAACUCCCCAAAUACGCGCGCGUCCAAAAACGCCCCAUCCCACACGCCCCGAUCGCAUCCCCCUACGCCGGCUCCAACGUCCCCAAGACGGUCUACGUAUCUACAAAAUCCCCCUUCAUGAGCGCCGUCAAACGCGUCCAGAAACUGCUCCGCCAGGCGGAGAAGCGCGCUACGGCAUCCGUGGACCUGUCGAACAGCAAAUUGCGCGAUCGACAGCGUCUAGCGCAGCUGGCGCAAAGCUGGGAGCAGAUCUCCAAGGAGGAGGUAUUUGUGAAGGCGACGGGGCGGGCGAUGGAGAAGGCGCUUAGUGUGGGGCGGUGGUUUGAGGAGCGCGGGGGGGAGUAUACGGUGCGAGUGAAGACGGGGAGUGUGUUGGUUGUGGACGAUGUUGUUGAGGAUGAGGAGGUGAGGAAGGCGGUUGUUGAAGAGGGGGAGGAGGGGGUGAAGAGCCAGGGGGGUAAGGAGGGGACGAAGAAUACUGGGGAUGAGGAGAUGACGGACACUACGGGUGGGGACGCUGCGAAACCGCGGUCGAAGACGGCGGCGAAGAAACGAAAGCGCGCGGCGAAUGCGGCGGUGAAGAUGGACGAGGAGGAGUUGCCGGAGACGAGGACUCGAUGGGUCAAUAUGGUUGAGGUCGCCGUGGCUUUGAAAUGA